GUUUGUACCAAUGGUUACCUCUAAAAAUAUGUUUGGCAGGGCAUUCGAUGGGCUUUUUGGACCCAGCAGUCCCUUGACGAAUGAACCUACGAUAGACUACAACAACACCAUACACAGUUUUCGGUCCCAAAACACCUCAUAUCCUCGGUCCCCUGCGUCCUCCACAAACCAAUAUCCAACUGCAAACUAUUGGGAAGACUCCGAUGAAGAGUUGAACAACGAUAUGAGUGCCGUGUACAACCAACUCAGCGAGAAUUCGACUCAUAUAUCGGAGUAUUUGCACCAAGCAUCCGAGAUCCCUGGAAAUUUCUCCACUUAUAGCAAUGAGCCAGUCCCCAAUAAUGCCCAGAUGAGCUUCGGACCUAUGACCUCUAGGUUCGAGAAUAUUGGCAAGGAUAUCGUGGGUGAUAGGUUUGAAAGAAUUCCGAAGAGCUCGAUUUUUAGGAGUUCCUCUCCUAACAUAACAAGACAUAAACCUUCAUCCUUGGAUACUGGGCUCGACGCCAGGUAUAAUGCAAGGAGGAAUGGCAGAACAUCGACACCAACCCACUAUAGGUCUCAACGUGAUCUCAGUGUGAGCCGUGAUGAGCUUUCUACAUUAGAUAGGUUCAACUCGAGAGGCCCAAAGAACGACUACCAAUCUGAGGCGAAUAUCCGGCCUAACAGCUUCAAAACUCGUAAGCCUGAUGAAAACAUCGGCACUUCAUACAGCGCUUACGAUAAGCCAUUUUCAUCGUAUGAGCUGGGUGACCGUUUCAAUAGACCCAGAGUGGAUAAUUUGAGAGAUUCAAUUAGCAGAUUCGCAAAAAAAGAUUUCAAAAUAUUCAACGACUCCAAACAAGAACAAGCAAAAGAGCUCCUUAAACUUGAACAAGAAAUCAACCAGGAAUCGCUCACGAAGCUCAAUACCAAAUUUAACCACACGAAUAUCAAACUUGACCAAUUCAAAACACUCAAAAGCCUUAAUGAUCAAAUCGUGGAGAAUAACCGAGUGUUGCUGAAGUUCGAUGAGCUCCUCAAAAUCAAUAAUGACCCCGAGUUGAGAAUUCCUGAUAAGGACAAUGAAAGGUAUAACAACCUUAGAUCUGAGUACUUAAGCGAAUUAACCAACCAUCAGGUGUUCUACCAGAAUUAUCUUAAGCUUUUCCAAAAAUAUAAGAACUUGAAAAGCGAUAAAUAUGCCAAAGUCAUCGCAAAACUCGAAUUAAUUCGGGACACAACCGAGGAGAACAGUAUAAAGCUUAUAUGCACCAAUUUGUUAAACGACUUCAGUAAGAAAUGAUUCCCAGACUAGACAAUUGAGAUACGCAGUAGCGAGAUUUCUGGAUACAUGUACAUUACACUAGAAUACAAAAAAUAGAAAAGUUAUAAAAUUAGAAGGCCAACAACGCACCGGCAGCCAAAGCCGCCCCUCCGGCAACAUAACCAAGAGGCCUGUUGGCUUGGGCAUUACCUUCAUAGGUAGAAGCAUUGCAACCACCUGAACAUGAGGUGAUGGUAACGACAGUGGUAUUAACAGCUAAAGCAGCAGUCACAAGGGAAGCGAUUGAAAGAAAUUGUAAUUGCAUAAUAAAUUUCUUGGAUAUGAUAGCAAUUUAAGAAU